AACUGCUUACUGCAACACCGGUUAUACAUUAUCGUACGUUUCUUUGUCAUGUGUCAUGUGACGUGAUCUCAGUUUUUCCCCUGAGCACAAUCAAUGGUUAGAUUAUCUGCUUACUGAUAGGCAGAAAUAUCAGAAGCAUUUUUUCUAAGACGCUAUCCGUUGUGCGUUGUGUGAUUCUAUUUGGGAGAAUUAUAUCUUCUACAUUUUAUAUUUGUUAGCUAUCAGCCAAGGUCAGGGGUAGAGAGACGCCCGAGAAGAAUAUAAGAUUCGUAAAAUGGGUGUUAUGAUCCCCUAUACCGUUGCCUUCUUAGCAACUUUGAACGCAGCAAGUGCAUUGAAUUGCUUCACCUGCAGCUCCAAGGACACCUUUACCUGUGGAUGGAACGUGCCUCUGAUCUAUUUGUCCUACGGCACUAAACAGUGUGCGAGCGUUGGUGUGCUAGACGCUUUGAUCGGUGCUAAGUGCUACAAAAUCACAGCUCAAAACAAACAGGGCAACUGGCUAGUUGAGCGAGGCUGUUUGCCUCCGGGCGCAUUCGGUUGCAACGCCAUUGCCUCAGCCGUAGGCUGGAUCUCUUCCGAGAUGAGCAACGACCCUAACAGCCUCAAGAACCUCAACUGCUACACCUGCAACUCUGAUAACUGUAACUCUGCUCAGAGGUUUAGCGGAACCACCCUCGUAGGACUCGCUUUGGCAGCGGCUAUUUUCUUAUUGUAAUCCCUAACGUCCUUAUGGGUAUAUACAGGGUGUUGCAGAAAUAAACGCCAACAUUUUAACUAUAUACUCAUCAAAAGUAACAAUGAUCAGUUGCACAGCCCGCUCGACCGCCAGAUUUCAAUCCGUGUAACUUUUAUUUAUGGAGUCGUUUGAAACAGCCAAUUAAUACGGUUGUUAAAGAAUGCCUCCAGAAUAAUUGUAACAAUCCGGAAAUCCUAGUAAGUGUCCGAGAAAAUUCGGGCUGUGUAUAAUUAUGUCUUGACAAUAACGGAGGACAUAUUGACUUUUGUUUCAAUUUAAUUUAGUAAAAUAACUGUGAACCUAUUGAAAAAACAACGUUGAUUUGUUUUUGGCGAAUAAAAGGUUUGUCAUAUUUAUCAUUUCUUUGCUAACUGAUUUAUAAAAAUAUUAUUUUUUAAUAGUAAACCAGUUAUCGCUAUUUUUGUUAAUAUUCAAUCAACUAAGUG